AUGCCCGGGGCCGGCGCCCUCCAGCACCUCCCACCCAAACACCCGCGGUGCCCCCGGCCCGGACCGGAUCAGUUGGUCCCGCCCCCACCCCCCCGGCCCGCACGGACCCACGCCUUUGUUACGACUCCUGGCCAUGUUGCCCUCCUCGUGAUAACUCCGCAGUGGAGAUGGAUUCCGUCCAAGACACACGUAGCUCUGCUGAACGAUCAGCGCCGCAGUCCAGGCGUUACCUUCCGCUGUGGCAUUUCUCUCGGUGUGUGUGAUGUAUGUCUGUGUGCAUGCGUGCGGUAUGCGUGUUUUUCGAUGGAGGAACGGGGGAGUAGAGAGACAAGGAGCAAGAGGGGUGAGAACCUUUGCAAGAAGGAUCUGCGAAUCAUAAAAUGCAUAGAAUGUAAGCUCCUUGUGAUUAAUGAUCUGCACUAAUUUGGAUAGCAGGCAUGGUAAAGGUCAUUGACAAUUGUUGCUGGUUUCAGCAUGAAUGCCUAAGCGGGAUGUAUUCUUGAACAAUCAAAAUUAAGUCAUUCACGGAAAAGAAGUGCCCACAAUUCAUUUCAGUACACAGUAAAAAUGCACAAAUAAAAGUAUCCCCCAAUUCAACUAAUUACAUGGAUAUAACUUGCAUAUAUAGACACAGAUAUCUGUGUAGACAGAUAUAUUAUCACAUAUGUGAGUACUCACCCACAAAGAUUAAAAUUCACAUACUUGAAAUUUUCAUAGUUUUUCUGUAGCAUUUUGGAAUGGAUUUGAGUCAAUGGUAAAAACUUGCUACAUUCAUCUACAUUCUUGGGUCCAUUUAAGACUACAGUAUUGCACUAAUAACUUCCAUGUGUUGAAAAUUAACUUAGAUCAAUGAACAGUGAGCAAAACUUCCAAACUCCUCCAUGUAAACUUGUGAUUUUCAUGACUUGCCUCCUUUCUCUGACCUGCUUAUCGCCCACACGUGGUUUCACUCAGGACUAUGCCUGUUCCACGAAGAUGCUAUGCU